AUGGCCCCAUCGCCCGAUUCAGCAGUUUGGGAGAGCGACGAGAAGGCGGCGACGACCGAAAUGUCAGUGGAGCAUCGGGCACAAUCUCCCGUUUGUCACCGCAUCUCACCGCAUCUAACCCAUCCCCCCCUUCCUUCCCAACCCCAUCCGCCUUACCUCGCCCAUAAGAAGCCCGCGCCCGCGCCCGCCGUAACACCCCUCCGCUCACAACUCACAACUCACUUCUCCACUCCCCACUCCCCACUCCGCCUCCGUCCGUUCCCUGCGCUCCCUCGCUCCCUCGCCUCUCAGCCGUUGCGAAACGAGGGCGACGUAACCGCCCCCGUCUUUAUCGAUGGUAUAGGAACACACGUCACUGAGGGGUUGGGUUUGGGAAUGGUCGACGGUACCGCCGGCGGUACCGCCAGCCAUGGCCAAAAGUUCUCCCACCAUGCAAGCCCGUCCGCGAUAUCGCCUUGGGAUUUUGCUUCUACACUGGCUGCGUCCGUCUAG